AUGUCGCUGGCUGCUUACUGUGUAACCUGUUGCAGAAGAAUGGGAAGCUCUGCCCCCUCACCAAAAAGUGACACGUACUGGAGAGAGAUUCGCAAUAUUAUAAAGUUUACCGGCUCCCUUAUCCUAGGAGGUUCUUUGUUUCUCACAUAUGAAGUUCUGGCCCUGAAGAUGUCUUUGACACUAGAUACUCAAGUGGUCGAAAGAGAAAAGAUGAAGUCGUACAUAUACGUGAAUGCAGUUUCUCUGGAUAACAGAGAAAACCUCGGAAUCACCUACCAGGCAAGAAAAGAACUUCAUAAGGCAGCAAGAAAAGUCCUGGCCACAUCAGCCAAACUCUUCCAGAACCCAUUUUCUGACACCUUUUGCACAGUGGACGUGGAAGACCACGAGUGUCCAGUGUGGCUGCUUCUGAGGAAGAGCAUGUCGAGCGACCGGGCAGUGCGGCUGCAGGCCGUGCAGGAGAUGUCACAGGCUCACCACUGGCACGAUUACCAGUACAGGCUCAUCGCCCAGGCCUGUGAUCCGACAACUCUGAUUGGGCUGGCACGGAGCAAAGAGAGCGACCUCCGCUUUUUCCUCCCACCGCCGCCUCUGCCGCCUGUGAAGGAAGAUUUCUCCAUUGAAGAGGAACUCAGGCACUUGCUGGCUUCUUUGCCACAAACAGAGGACGACGAGUGUAUCCAGUAUUUUACGUCGUUGGCUCUGAGUGAGAGCAGUCAGAGUCUGGCUGCACAGAAGGGUGGCUUAUGGUGCUUUGGAGGAAAUGGUCUCCCUUAUGCAGAAAGCUUUGGAAAAGUUCCUUCGGCUACUGCAGAAACGUUCUGUUUAGAAGCCAUAGUAAAGCAUUCUGAGAUACCCACACAUUGUGAUCAAAUCGAAGCCCUCGGAGGCCUGCAGCUGCUUCAGAGGCUGUACCAGCUGUACAGGGACUGCCCCAAAGUGCAGAGGAACAUAAUGCGCGUCCUCGGGAACAUGGCUCUCAACGAACGUCUUCAUCCUGCAAUCCUUCACUCAGGCUGGGUUUCCCUGAUGGCAGAAGCAAUGAAGUCCCAGCAGAUUAUGGAGGCCUCACACGCCGCCAGAACCUUAGCCAACCUGGACCGAGAAACCGUGCAGGAGAAGUACGCGGACGGCGUGUACCUGCUGCACCCACAGUGUCGCACCAGUCAGCCCAUUAAAGCCGAUGUCCUUUUUAUUCAUGGCCUUAUGGGAGCAGCCUUCAGAACAUGGCGCCAGCAGGACCGCGACCAGGUUCUGAUGGAAAACGCUUCAGAAGAUGAAGACAGGUAUACCACCUGUUGGCCCAAGACGUGGUUAGCAAGAGACUGCCCUGCCCUCCGCAUCAUAUCUGUGGAGUACGACACCAACCUCAGUGACUGGCGAGCACGGUGCCCUAUGGAAAGAAAGUCCAUCGCCUUCAGAAGCAACGAACUCCUUAGGAAGCUCCAAGCGGCUGGUGUCGGGGACAGGCCCAUGAUCUGGGUGUCACACAGCAUGGGGGGUCUCCUGGUCAAGAAGAUGCUGCUGGAAGCCUCUAAGAAGCCGGAGCUGAGCGCACUGGUCAACAAGACCAGGGGGAUGGUUUUCUACAGUGUCCCCCACCACGGCUCGCGGCUGGCUGAGUACUCCGUUAAUUACCGCUACCUGCUCUUUCCCUCCUUGGAAGUCAAAGAGCUCAGCAAGGACUCGCCUGCACUGAAAGCGCUACAGGAGGACUUCCUGGAGUUUGCUAAAGACAGAAACUUCCAGGUGCUGAGUUUUGUGGAAACGCUACCAACCCGUAUCGGCAGCAUGAUUAAACUCCACGUGGUGCCAGUGGAGUCAGCAGAUUUAGGCAUCGGGGAGCUGAUUCCUGUGGACGUUAACCAUUUAAACAUUUGUAAGCCAAAGACGAAGGAUGCUUUUCUGUACCAGCGAACCUUACAGUUCAUCCACGAAACGUUAGCCAAAGACCUUGAAAACUAG